AUGGGAAAACACGAGCAACGAGGUCAGCACCCUCCGGAAGAGCCAAAUGUGAAGCCUGAAGAGAACUCCUCAACGAAAAAAGAUACGAGCGAAAUUCAAGCGCUGACGAUAGCAUUGAAGGAAGCCCUUACCACAAGAGGAGGACCAGUAGCUCAGCCAAAGUAUAUCCACGAGCUACCCUACUUCGAUGGCAACAGCACAACAGAAGAGGGCGAGUUCUCUGACCUGACAAUGGUCUCCAAGUUCCUGAACAGCGAAGCAGACAAAUGUGGAGCCUUCGCGACCUCAGAAGAGAAGCGGGUUCAGAAGAAGAAUUCUACGAGGGAAAAGGACUUUAAAGAAAAAGAUACAAGACAGUCUACAGAAAAGACUUGUCCUAUGUGCCAAGGUGGACACUUCCCCGUCGACUGCCAGAAGUUCCAGAAGACGUCAGUGCAAGACCGAUGGGCAACAGUAAAGAAAAGUCACGUUUGCUUCAAAUUUAUUCAAGGAAAACAUCGAAAGGAGAGCUGCAAGAAACCACCAUGUAAGGAAUACAAGAGGUGGCAUCAUCAUUUGCUGCACGUUGAAUCAGAAAACAGGACCUCGGGAGAGAAGAAGGCGGAAACACAAGAAGAAGUAACAAGAUGA